AUGGUGAAAUAUUUUUCUUUGAUUAUCGUCCUCGCCUCUUCUCUUCUUCUUGUCCUUCAAGACCUCGAACAAGUUCACGCCCUUGGGUGUUCUGGAAUAUUCUUAAACGGUAACAGCAGCUACUUUCAGAAUCGUCAAAGUCUCUUCUCUACUCUUGCUUCAAAAGUAGUCGCCAACGGUGGAUUCUACAACGCCUCACUCGGCAAGAAUCCCAACAGAGUUCACGCUCUUGUCCUCUGCGCAAGAGGCUAUGAGCAACAAGCUUGUAUCAGUUGUGUCGAAAAAGUGACUCAAGAGAUACAAACGAGUUGCCCGAACCGAAUGAAUUCGUUCCAUUGGGACAAUGGCGAUGGAGACCAUGUUUCUUGUCUUGUACGUACCUCAAACCAGUCAACUUUCAAGAACUUCCAGCUUGUACCUGCUGCCAUAUACCCAAGUCCACUUACUAUCGAGCCAUCCAAGGACAUGACCCUUUUCAGUAAACAGUGGGAAGCAACGGUUAACCGGACAGUCCAGGCUGCCACGGAAGCUAAAAAUAUAUCCGUACUUCAGUACUAUAGUGCUGUAGAAGCCGAGUUCACGGAGUUUCCAAAUGUAUACAUGCUGAUGCAAUGCACGCCUGACAUAACUUCUCAAGACUGCAAGAUAUGUUUGGAAAAAAGCGGGACAUAUUUUAAAAAACAGUUUUGGGGAAGACAAGGCGGCGAGGUUAGUCGUCCGAGCGGUGUUUUCAGGUGGGAUCUAUAUGCUUUCCAUGGUGCUUUUGAUAAUAUAACAAGAGUUCCUGUACUUCCUGGAGGUCAAGGUCAGGCUCAGCCACCUUCAAAGGACAGUUCUAUAAAAGGCAAUAAAGAAAGAAGCAUUGGGAAUGGUGGAAUUAUCUCGAUAGUUGUUCCUGCUUUGAUUAACAUUUUAGUGUUUAUUGGACUCAUCAAACUCUAUACUCGGAGGAGACAAUUCAAAAACAAAAAUGUUGGUACUGCAGAGUACUCUGAUGGUCAACUUAUGUUACGGUUUGAUCUGGGAAUGAUCUUAAUGGCAACCAAUGACUUCUCGUCUGAUAAUACGCUUGGCCAAGGUGGAUUUGGUACGGUCUAUAAGGGGAUAUUGCCAAAUGGCCAAGAGAUAGCUGUGAAGAGAUUAACAAAAGGUUCAGGGCAAGGAGACAUGGAGUUUAAGAAUGAGGUUUCACUCUUGACAAGACUCCAACAUAGGAAUCUGGUUAAGCUUCUUGGGUUCUGUAAUGAAGGGGACGAGGAGGUUCUUGUCUAUGAGUUUGUCCCCAACUCAAGUCUUGAUCACUUUAUCUUUGAUGAAGAGAAGCGUUCGUUUCUUACAUGGGAGGUGAGGUGCAAAAUUAUAGAAGGCAUUGCUAGAGGCUUUCUUUAUCUCCAUGAAGACUCUCAGCUGAAGAUUAUUCAUAGAGACUUGAAGGCAAGCAACAUCCUUUUAGAUGCUGAGAUGAACCCUAAAGUUGCAGACUUUGGGACAGCUAGAUUGUUCAACACUGACGAGACUCGAGCUGAAACAAGACGAAUAGCUGGUACCCGUGGAUAUAUGGCUCCUGAAUACGUUAAUCAUGGGCAAAUCUCAGCUAAAUCUGAUGUAUAUAGCUUUGGUGUUAUGCUUCUAGAGAUAAUAAGUGGUGAAAGAAACAAGAGCUUUGAAGGAGAAGGAAUUGCAGCUUUUGCAUGGAAGAGAUGGGUUGAAGGAAGGCCUGAAAUCAUAAUUGAUCCUUUCUUGGUAGAGAAUCCGAGUAACGAGAUCAUUAAGUUGAUCCAGAUUGGUUUAUUGUGUGUCCAAGAAAAUGCAUCAAAGAGACCAACAAUGAGCUCUGUAAUAGUUUGGCUUGGCAGUGAGACAAUUAAAGUUCCUUUACCUAAGGCUCCUGCUUUCACAAGUAAACAAUCCCAAUCUGAAGAUGGGAUAAUGUCAAUCAGCAAUGUCUGCACGGAGUUGAGUUCUCGUUGA